AUUUAUUUAACAGAGCUACCUUCUCUCGAUAAUUCGCUCCGGAGACUACCAAGCUCCCAUACACGAAAUCUAUCCCACUCUAGAAUUUCGCUUUCGGUGCCUACGGCAGUCCCUGUACUCCCUUCGAAGAAUCAAGUUUGUCAUGAUGGAGUCCCAGGAUGCAAAGGUCGACUCUCAAAGCGCGUCAAAACAACCCGCCGAUGCCCCGUCAUUUGACCUGGAGCAGGUCGGGUUUAAGAAGUCGCUUAGCUUUGUGCAAGAAGUUCGGAACCGAUUCCAGACUAGUGAGCCAGCGAAGUAUUACACUUUUCUCAGCGUGUUGCAUGAGACGAAUAUGACGCCCAUGGAAUCAAAAGAAAAGUGGCAAGCUGCUAGGGCAGAGAAGCAGGCUGAGGCUCGCAUGAAGCUUGAGGAGCUGUUCAAAGGCCACGAAGACCUAUUAGAAAAGCUGGAUGCAUUUUUGCCACCUCCAAGCAUGCCAGCUGAAAAUCAAUAAAUUCCUAACAUUGGAAGACGGUAUGGUGUACAAGCAGAUGGUCUGAGAAUAAUAUUUCACAACCAAUUGUGGCUAGUUUGACAGUCAUAAGUCACAUAUUAAUUAAAUUCUACUCAGCUGCUAAUACUGAAUGUCUCCGCUGGAGCUUCAAAAACCGCGCGGCAAGGCUGUUCACCGUGCAUGCAGGUCGGGCCACCUGUGACCUGCAGCAAACAGUCUUCAUGGAUAGGGGAUUUCAGGCACAAACAUUGAAAAUUUAAGGUGUAGGUUACUGCUUUUGAGGGAUUAUUCUUGAUCGGUUGGGGCUGCUUGCAGA